ACCUUCACACAAUCAUUGCACGUUGCAGCACAAUCCGGUCGGCAUCACUAGAACCAGAGGAGCGCAACAAGAGGCUCUAUUGGAGGCAAUAUCGCCUCAUACAAAGCCAUGGCGACCAUCAGCCGGCGAGUGGCCGCGCAUUGCCAGCGAUGCCACCACCUCGACCUCUCCCGACGAGCCUCAACCUCCCUCCGCCACACCCUCCAACCUCCACCCUCCCUGCAAUCUCGCACGGCACCAGCACGAUGCAUCCGGUCAACGCCCACCCUCUCCAACCCCCCCGCCGCCCCGAAAUCCCGCGACCGCGGCCCACCGAGCGAAGAAGACACGCAAACCGACUUCGCCGCGAUGAACAUCCUAGCCAACACCCCGCCCCCCACAACGGGCAUCGACUCCUGCCUAGACGACGGCUUCGCGCUCAACAGCGGCCUCAAAGUCACCGGCUCCGGCGUGCUGCUCUGCGGAGGCGAAGCCUUCAAAUGGCGUCCCUGGAUCCGCGCAGGCCGGAAAGAAGGCACGAUCGGCGCCGGGGCUGUCGGGGACGACGACAAAGGCGUGCGCAGCGAGGGGGGCAAGUUGCUGAAUGCGAAGGGGCAGUGGGAUGUCGAGGCGCAGGCUUGGGGCGUGCUGGCGCUCGCGUGGCCGAAGCCGGAUUUGCUGGUGCUCGGCACGGGGCGCUCGAUUGUGCCGCUGAGCCCGCGCACAAGGCGGCAGAUUAAUGAUUUGGGGAUCCGGAUUGAGGUGCAGGAUACGAGGAAUGCGGCGGCGCAGUUCAAUCUGUUGGCGACGGAGAGGGGGGUGCAGCAGGUUGCUGCGGCUCUUAUACCCAUCGGUUGGAGGGAGGGUCGUUGAGGCGUGCAGUGGCAUUUCAUGCAUAGCAAUCAACAGGCGGCGAUGUCAAGCUACCAGUUGACAGGCAAACACAAUGGAAAGUUCGGUG